UCUCUAGCUUCGUUUCUUGCGCUAAUCAAAGAUAUCUUUCACGUUGUCCAGGUGAACGGAAUUUUUAAUACAAGAAAAAAGGAUUAUACGAAACAAUGGCGGCGACAAUGAGAUGUCUAAUGAAGCUCAAUGUGGGACUGGCGUACAAGACUCUUCUGAGAAGCAGCGUCAUAAAUCCAUGUAGAUUUCUAUAUUCCGAGAGAAGUCUAGGCUUGCAAGGAUACGAAAAUGCACGACUAAACUUUCGCAAUCAGUUCUUAAAUGUCGAGGACACAUUUCGUACAAAGAUGCAAGAAGUAUGUGAGUCAGAGUCGAGUAUGAUCUUCACGGAAGACCUAAAGUCCAUGUUGCACUUGGCUCAAAAGAAACCGGAAGACAUUGAACUACUGAUCAAAAUGAUAACAAAGUUUAACAAGCAAAACAAAGAGAUGAAAUUUGGCACAUUUAUCUUUGGACCAGUGGUGAUGCGCACUCUUUACUAUCUUGAUGAACCAGAACUUGCGCUUACCGCUUUCAAAGAUCCUCAAUUUGAGAAUUUCUUCGAUCAGUUCAUCUCCUAUCAGAUUCUUUUGUGUUUGUUGUACAAACACAAAAAGUACGCAGAAAUGAGAGAGGUAUAUGACAUAAUUAAAACCAAGCGCAUAGUAAAUGGAUAUCCCAAGAAUUCCUCGAUAUUAGUCAUGGCAGCUUGUUACAAAGAGAAUACACCAGAAACGUUAGAAUAUGCAGUAAAUCUUUGGAAAGAAAUAAAUGAAAAAGGAUUCACGUUUAUGCGUAGAGCCACGACAUUUUUAACUGCUCUGGCUAUUAAACAGAAUGCACCUCACAUAGCUAUAGAAAUCAUGUCUACGAUACGAGAAGCUCGGUAUAUCGACAUAAGAUGUCUGAAGGUCUGGGCGUACACAGAGUUGAAGAGAUUUACCGAGAUAGUUCCCAUUAUCAGGUCGUCCUUAGAACACGACAGACCAAAUGCCAUGAAAGAACGUUACUUUACCGAUGUGAUUGAGCAUCUGGAGGAAGUCAUGAAGAAAGAAAACGUUCCCGAAAACUUUGAACUUUACAAAUUACUCGAUCUCUUGAAGAAGAACGAUCAUAUCUUACCUGAGAAAUUGGAGAAUCAUAUUUGCGUAGAAAUAAACACGGCGCUACGCACACGGCUGGAUCCAACACGAUCUAACUUAAUGCGACAACAACAGACUUCUCGUUUCGAAACCAACACCAGGCCAGUGUUGCGGGAUCUUUUGUAAAUAAAGAUAAAAACUUGUAGACUACGUCAUAAUAUUGUAACAUCCAAUGAUAUUGUUAUGGGUGUGAAGCUAAGCCAAUGAAUAAAUAAAUAUAAUCUAUAUUAA